ACCCCACUAGCCAGUGUCAGCCUCUAGGCGGGAGGAGGAGGGAGGAGGCAGAGGAGGAGCAGGGGGAGGGCUGUCAAAUUCGGGAGCCAGAUUCUUCUCCCUUCCCCUGGCAAUCCCUUCCGCUUCCCCGGCUCCUGGCGUGACAUCUGCAGACCGGGGACCUGUAUGUGUGUGUUCGAGAAGGAGCGGAAGAAUGGCAGUGCUCAAACUCACCGAUCAGCCGCCUCUCGUCCAAGCAAUCUUCAGUGGUGAUCCAGAGGAGAUACGGAUGCUCAUACACAAAACUGAAGAUGUGAACGCACUGGAUUCUGAGAAACGAACCCCUCUUCAUGUGGCCGCAUUUCUGGGAGAUGCAGAGAUCAUUGAACUCCUGAUUCUGUCAGGAGCUCGUGUGAAUGCCAAGGACAACAUGUGGCUGACUCCGCUGCACCGGGCUGUUGCUUCCAGAAGUGAAGAAGCAGUGCAAGUACUGAUUAAGCACUCUGCUGAUGUCAAUGCAAGGGACAAGAACUGGCAGACUCCCCUGCAUGUGGCAGCAGCCAAUAAAGCUGUCAAGUGUGCAGAAGUGAUCAUUCCCCUGCUGAGCAGUGUCAAUGUCUCUGACCGAGGGGGGCGCACAGCUUUGCACCAUGCGGCUCUGAAUGGACAUGUGGAGAUGGUCAACUUACUCUUGGCCAAAGGGGCAAACAUCAAUGCAUUUGACAAGAAGGACCGGCGUGCCCUGCACUGGGCAGCAUAUAUGGGCCACCUGGAUGUUGUGGCAUUGCUCAUUAACCACGGUGCUGAAGUGACCUGUAAGGAUAAGAAGGGCUACACCCCACUGCAUGCUGCGGCCUCCAACGGACAGAUCAAUGUUGUCAAACAUCUCCUGAAUCUGGGGGUAGAGAUUGAUGAAAUCAAUGUCUAUGGAAAUACAGCACUUCACAUCGCCUGCUACAAUGGACAGGACGCUGUAGUUAACGAGCUGAUUGACUAUGGUGCUAAUGUGAACCAACCAAAUAACAACGGCUUCACCCCUUUGCAUUUUGCUGCUGCCUCCACUCAUGGUGCUUUGUGCCUGGAAUUGUUAGUAAACAAUGGGGCAGAUGUUAACAUUCAGAGUAAAGAUGGCAAAAGUCCACUGCACAUGACAGCUGUCCAUGGAAGGUUCACCCGGUCACAAACCCUCAUUCAGAAUGGAGGUGAAAUUGACUGUGUGGAUAAGGAUGGCAACACUCCUCUCCAUGUGGCUGCAAGAUACGGUCAUGAGCUUUUGAUCAACACCUUAAUAACCAGCGGAGCUGACACUGCCAAGUGUGGAAUCCAUAGCAUGUUCCCCUUACAUUUAGCCGCCCUAAAUGCUCACUCUGACUGCUGCAGAAAGUUGUUAUCAUCCGGACAAAAGUAUAGCAUAGUAUCCUUGUUUAGUAAUGAGCACGUGCUGUCUGCAGGCUUUGAAAUAGACACCCCAGAUAAAUUUGGAAGAACGUGCCUUCAUGCUGCUGCUGCAGGAGGUAAUGUGGAGUGCAUAAAACUCUUGCAGAGCAGUGGAGCAGAUUUCCAUAAAAAGGACAAGAGUGGGAGGACCCCUUUGCACUAUGCAGCUGCAAAUUGUCAUUUCCACUGUAUUGAGACGUUAGUGACCACAGGCGCCAAUGUUAAUGAAACAGAUGACUGGGGCCGGACCGCUCUGCACUAUGCUGCUGCAUCAGACAUGGAUAGAAAUAAGACUGUCUUGGGAAAUGCCCAUGAAAAUUCAGAAGAACUUGAAAGAGCCAGGGAGCUGAAGGAGAAGGAAGCCGCACUAUGUCUAGAGUUUCUGCUUCAAAAUGAUGCAAAUCCAUCUAUCCGGGACAAGGAAGGCUACAAUAGUAUACAUUAUGCUGCUGCCUAUGGCCACAGACAAUGUCUGGAAUUGCUUUUGGAAAGAACCAACAAUGGUUUUGAAGAAUCAGAUUCCGGUGCUACCAAGAGUCCACUCCACUUAGCUGCCUACAAUGGGCACCAUCAAGCCUUGGAGGUCCUUUUGCAGUCGCUGGUGGACCUGGACAUCAGGGACGAGAAAGGCCGCACGGCUCUGGAUCUGGCCGCCUUUAAGGGACACACAGAAUGUGUGGAAGCACUUGUCAAUCAGGGAGCAUCCAUCUUUGUGAAAGACAAUGUAACCAAAAGAACCCCACUUCACGCCUCAGUCAUUAAUGGUCACACCCUGUGUUUGCGGCUAUUAUUAGAAAUUUCAGACAACCCUGAAGUGGUUGAUGUGAAAGAUGCCAAAGGACAAACCCCACUUAUGCUCGCAGUGGCAUAUGGACAUAUUGAUGCUGUUUCAUUGUUACUUGAAAAGGAAGCAAAUGUGGAUGCUGUUGACAUCAUGGGAUGCACAGCUUUACACAGAGGGAUUAUGACCGGGCAUGAGGAAUGUGUGCAAAUGCUGCUGGAACAAGAAGUGUCAAUCCUCUGUAAAGAUUCCAGAGGGAGGACACCCUUGCACUACGCAGCUGCUCGGGGACACGCCACGUGGCUGAGUGAACUGCUCCAAAUGACUCUCUCCGAGGAGGACUAUUGUUUCAAAGACAACCAAGGCUACACGCCGCUGCACUGGGCUUGUUACAAUGGUAAUGAAAACUGUAUAGAGGUACUUUUGGAGCAAAAGUGUUUUCGCAAAUUUAUCGGUAAUCCUUUUACUCCACUGCACUGUGCAAUAAUAAAUGAUCAUGAGAAUUGUGCAUCAUUGCUACUUGGGGCCAUGGAUUCCAGUAUUGUCAGUUGUCGAGAUGACAAAGGCAGGACACCCCUUCAUGCGGCAGCAUUUGCUGAUCAUGUGGAGUGCUUGCAACUUCUUUUGAGGCACAAUGCUCAAGUGAACGCAGUAGAUAAUUCAGGGAGAACACCACUGAUGAUGGCUGCUGAGAAUGGACAGGCAGGCGCUGUGGAUAUUUUGGUGAACAGUGCUCAAGCAGAUCUGACUGUAAAGGAUAAGGACUUGAAUACGCCCUUACAUUUGGCUAGUAGUAAAGGUCAUGAAAAAUGUGCCUUGUUAAUACUUGACAAGAUACAAGAUGAGAGCCUUAUUAAUGCAAAAAAUAAUGCACUGCAGACACCACUCCAUGUUGCAGCACGCAAUGGCUUAAAGGUGGUAGUUGAAGAGCUGCUGGCCAAAGGAGCCUGUGUACUUGCUGUAGAUGAAAAUGGUCAUACCCCGGCCCUGGCUUGUGCUCCUAACAAAGACGUGGCUGACUGCCUGGCCCUCAUUUUGGCUACCAUGAUGCCUUUUUCUCCUUCCAGUACAAUGACGGCUGUCAACUUCGUUUGUUUUAAAAAAGACAAUUUGAGCAGGACGACCCUCUCCAAUCUGGGGAGCAUGGUUAGCCUGUGCAGUAACAACGUAGGCUCGGAGGACGGGUACAAUGAGAACGAUUCUGACUCCGAAACCUUUUGACUUUGGACGGUAGAAGCUUUUCCUUCAUCACCUGUGUUGGAGGAAGGGAAAGAAGCUUGAAUUCCAUGUUUAUGCUGUACUCAAGUAUUAUUGGGGGCCCGAGCUUCCAGAAGCCAGUAGAGAAGGAGUUGAUCCAACCUAGGCAGGGCAGCUAGGCUGUAGGGUGAAAUACACACACAGAUGGGCUCCGAUUUUGUUUAGUUUCAUGUUUUCCUUAGAUCUAAGAUAUUUCUGUGAAAGUCUACCUCUCAUUUUAAGUAAGGAAUUUAAAAAAAAAGUAUUUGAUUCUAUUUCUUGGGGAUAAGGCAACAGAGAGGCAACUGUUCACUAUAAAGAAUUUUUUUGUGUGUGUACUCAGCAGUGAGUUUUCAGAAGUAUAUCAAUGUGACAUUCAUGUCCCCUGGGAGGGGAGGGAAGAAGUGGAUAGGAAAUGCCUCAAACCUCUUCUCACUCUGAUGUUUACUUCCUCACUAGAAGCCAAAGGUAAAGAUGUUCAUCUUCAGAAAUAAUGCCUAUAAUAUUCUUUUUAAGGGAGUCCAACUAUUCCUAUCCUCUCUAUAGUAAGCACUUAAAUAUCCAGAACUUCUUUCUGAAGAUCUUUGUUAAAGUUGCCAGAUGAAUGAACUUGCUUUUUUUUUUUUUUCAUUUAACACAAAUACGGCACCCAAUGUUUCCCCAUAACAUGACUAAUUUUCCCUCAAGUGAUUGAGCCCAAAUCUAUCUAAUAACAUUGAAGGUGAAAAUUAUAUUGCGCCAAAACUUUGAGGCAAUAUGCAAAUUUAAUAUGAAACUAUCCUCUGUUAAUUUCUCCUUAAAUCAAAAUACUAACUUUUUAAAAAAGUUUGAAUUGUCAGCAUUGUUCAUCAAUAGUAAAAUGUUAAAUGAGCUUCUCAGUCAAGGUCAUGCCAAGUGAGUGGAAGUAUGACUACAGAAGGGAACAAUGAAAGUGAAAGCAGAAAGUAGAGAUGGGUGAUAUGGAAAUUAAAGCCAAUUGCCAGUUGUUCCAUGAUGAAAUCAACAUAGUGAAUACUGUGUCUACUCCCUCUGCCAAAGCUUCUAGGUCAAAUGGACCCCGUUCCGCACCUGGAACAGCUGUACAAAAAGAAGAAUGAGACUUUAAAAAUUAUGCACAUACACACACACACACAUACACACACAUAUCUGUGUAUAUAUAUAUAUAUAUAUAUAUAUAUAUAUAUAUAUAUAUGUAUGUAGCUCAUCAGCCAGCUAUAUGUGAGGACCAAAAUGCUUCAGUCUAAAGUGGAAGAUUUAAAUUUUUUUCCUUCAAAAUGAAAGUGAGAACUGUAGUAGCUUUUCUAUGGAGUUAAAGUGUAAUCUUUUUGUGUACCAGUCUUUGUUGUAUUUUAUAUUUCUUAUGACACAGAUUUCUAGUUGAUGGCUUAACAUUUGUAACUGAUGAUGUGUUGACCACAGUUUAUUUUUUUUGUCAAACUAGAGAAAAUGUCUGUAUACUUUUGAUGUAAAUGUGUUUAUAUUUAUUUGAAAUGAAACAAAUGCCGAGGAAACUGUUUGUUCCUUGUUUUAAUUGUUAUGUAUCUUAUUUGGAAUAACAAAAAAAAAAAAAAAAAUAGAAAAACACCCUUGACCCUGGGCUAGCCAGCAGCCCCCGGUCCAAACCCAGCAUUUCCACUGCUAAGGUUUCCAGUCCACCCUCAGGUUCAUGCAUCACUCAGUCCCAGUCUGCAGCCAGCAUAGAGUGUGUAAGACAUGGCCAUCCACAUGCUUUCUGUAAGACAAAAGCUAAAGUGUAUAGUGGGUCAUAUACACAAAGGUGGGCCAAAGAGAGACCCAGAAAUUACCCUGAAUACACUGAAAAAUCUUACCUGGUCCCCAACCCUAAUGGGAAAUGAUGUCAGCGUGGGCACUGUGCCAAGAGAAGAAAUCAGAAUCACCAGCUCAAGUGCUAUAUUCCCCUUGAGGAAGAGACAGGAAAGAAAUGUGUUGCAAUAGGGCAGUACUAGUCAACAUUUUAUAAUAAGUUCCAUUUUCACCCUGGAAAUUUCUAUCUCACAGUGUGUGUGAGAUAUUUUCCAAAACAGUGUUCUAUCAUAUCUGAAUCAAACACAGAUACUGUAUUAUUUUUUUCUUCUAACUGUAAAAGACUUUAUUUAAUCUUACUCUUUUAAUAUCCUGGAUUUAAUUAAAACUCAUGUUGAGUUCUUCACAGAUGAGAACUUGUCAAAGGUCUUACAGAACCGUUAUUAAUUUCAUCAAACAUUUUCAACACCGACAUCAUUGUUUUUUAAACUCGGUGUGGUAUUUUCUCUCCUUCUUCUGUUCUUUUGUUUACAGAAGAUGAAUUUUUAAAAAUGUAAACAGAUUGCUAAUGAACAAUAAUGACCUAUCUUUACCAAAACACUGAAAACAAGGGAGCUCCGAUAUUGAAGAGCAUGACACACUGAGGUGUCUUUUUCUAGAAGUGAAUGGGAGUCUUACUCGGUUGGUAUUUAAAGCAGGAAAUGAAAUGCCUGUGUUAAAUAGCAAGGCAGCAUUAACAUUUUUCCUGUAGAGUAGCAGAGAGUACGUGGAUCUUUUCAGCAAAGCAGUGACCUACCUUGAGGCAUUAUCUCCGUGGAGCUGCAUUUUGACUUUUCCUCACUGUCUUUCCGAUAGAAGGAGGACAAAGGAACAAAAUGAAAUCAUGCUCACAAUGAACUGUUCAUUGAAUCAGUAUAGAUCUCUUUCUCCUUUGUUCUCCCCACUUCUCCUUCAUAAGAGAGACCAAAAAUUUUUUUUAAGAAAUGACUUUAAAAACUGUAAUUUCUGUGUGUUUCAAAUUACAUCUUCUAGAAAUAAGAUUGUUUGCAACAUAGCUUUCUAAGAAAAAAACAAAAACAGAAAAUGUGUUUUUUAGUCUUACAUGCUUAGUGCUUUUACCUAAAUGUGUUAUUUUUAGACUGUAUUUUAACCACAGCCCUGUGAUCAUGUUUCAUUGCACUUACCGAUUCGCCAGUGUCUGCCUAUCUUUGGUAAAUACAUCAUUAUCUCCAAAUUGCCUAAAACCUGCUAUGAUUCUACAGUAAAUAGCUCAGGGGAUUUCUAUUUAUCACUACUAAAAGGGCACCAUAGUAUGUUUUGGUACUUUAGGCAGUAAACAGCUGCUUGACUUAUUGUUUUAUUAUUCAGUUAGAGCAGAACAUCAAAUGGAUUUGCUGCACUAGUUAAUCUUUGUACUGUUGAGCAACUUGGUUUGCUUAUCUGUUGUGUUGGUUGAAAACUCAUCCCAUUUUUUGUCAUGUGAAAUGAAGUUAGAGUGCCUUUUUAUAUUUGUAUAUUCUGAAAACGUUAUGUGAAAUGUUUUGUAUUUUUUUCAUUUGAGUGUUAUCAGAGCAAUAUAAUACCAGUGAGUUUUCAUUGCAACCUUUCUUUGAAUGUAUAAAGUGUCUUCCCCUCCCUUUCCCCUUUUCUCUGCUUUGAAAUGAAAAUGCUAAAGUUUUCUAUAGGAAUUACAUUUGGUUUUGCAGUGCUAAAAUGCUUUCUUCUUACAAAACUGUAAACCAUAGGUCAGUAUUAUAGAGGAAAAGCGUUUUGAGAUAGUGACAAUCUGAGCGUAUGUAUAAAAUGUAAUUCUAUGAGUUUCUUAUGCCGUGAUAUAAAGAUUCAAUGCAAGUACCUUUUGUUUAGUAGUUUUGUCUACAUUCUUUAUGCUUUAGCAUGUGCAAUAUAUCUUUACAAUGCACGAUGAUACAAAUUUGGUGCCAGUGUUAUAUUUUGCAUAACAUAUUUGUAACAGCAGAAAAUAUUGUUUGAUGAUUUCAGUGGGAUUUUGUCUGUAAUGUUUUCUUAUGUAAAUUGGAGUUAAAUGACUCUGGUAAAUGUCAUGACUGUAAAAAUGAGGAAAAUUGUUUUUAGUUCAGUGAAUGACUUUGAACCAAUCUGAAUCUUCUCAAGCACAGUUUGAUACUUUUGCAACUACUGAAUGCUCUAAUAACGUAAUGAAGUACUUAACUGUAAUAUACUAUGGAAAUGCAUUCAGAUGGUUAUUUUUACAAAUAAAAACGGUACAAAUAUUGUU